AUGGUUUCAAAGAAGGUGGUGGCCACUUUGCUCUUUGUGUACGUGGUGUCCAUGCUGGCUGAACAGACUGAAGGCUUUGUGCCCUUUUUCACCCAGAGUGACUUCCGGAAAAUGCAGGAAAAGGAGAGGAACAAAGGUGGGCAGAAGAAAUCCCUGACUUCGCUGCAGCAACUGGAAGAGGAAGGCUUCUCAGAGCAAUCCGGUGCAGAUGUCAACAUGGUCAAGACAAUCCAGCUAGCUGUUCCCAUCAAGGCUGGGAUGUGGCUCACCCCAAGGCAGCUGGAAAAAUACCAAGAUGUCCUGGAGAAACUGCUAGCAGAGAUGUUACAGGACACCCCAGACG